CCAUUUUGUAUAAGACGAAUGCUAAUCAUGGGCGCUCUUACAUACACUUUAUUUAUGGCUAGAAUAAAACUGAGGUGUUAAGUGCCAAGUGUAACUUGGUCACGAUCGAGUAGCUCGGGUUAUUUCUUACUUUUCACAUGGUUAUAACCACCCACCCUGUGGAGAAUAUUACCUAAAUUCAGUGUUGAACAUGCGUCAGGACUAAAACGUUAUAUCGUAAUCUUAGUUGGAUUAAAACGCGUUUAAGUUUGUUCAGUCAGUGCAGAAAACAAUGUUCUCCUUAAAAUUGAUAAACAGUUGGCCACCUCGGUUGUUCGUUAUCGGGCAAACAGCCGAUUUUAAGAGAUACUGUUAAAACAAGGAAAAGAUGAACUUGUGUCGUUAACUUCAAGUUGACACAUCUUUCUUCGUGUUAGUCAAUGACCGUGGUGAAGGUUCACUCUGAUGGGACCGUUUGUGCACGUAUUUCCCCGUUAGUUGACCUGCAAAACAAUAUUAUUAUUGACUGUUUUGUAUGUAAUCGAAGUGCAUGGUGUAUCCUGCAAGCCAGCACACAGUCUCCCUCUAGUGGUGAUGCGGCGCAAGGCACAAUUUACAAGUGCAGGUGUUGAGAAUAGCAGAGAAGGAGAAAUGACAGACACUCCCCCCAGUGACGGCCCCUCCCAGGGAGCCGAAUUUGACAUGAUGGGUGCUUUGGAUUGGAAGGAUGGUAUUGCUACACUGCCCGGCAGUGACAUCAGGUUCCGCAUGACAGAGUUUGGGACUCUGGAAAUUGUCACAGACUCAGAGGUCAAAGGGCAGGAGGCAGAGCCUAACUCGGAGACCUUGGACCCAGCUCCAUCUCACAGUCCCACUCCUCCGCCAGAGGGCCAAUCAGACACUGGCACAGCGACAGCUCCAGCCAAUCAUAGUCAGCCAGGGUCUUCUCAAGCCGCUGGUCCUGUACUUUUGUCUCUAGAGGAGGGCCCCAGUAUGGAAGGCCCCAGUGUGGAGGUUGGUCCCAGUGUGGAGGUUGGCUCCAGCGCAGAUAUGGGCCCCAAUGCAGAGCUGGCGCGGUGCAGGGCCUGUGGUGGCCAUGUUCCCAGAGAUACCCUCCUGCAGGGUAAAUUCUGCAGCUCCAUUUGUGCCCAGCCUUCCAGCGGCAGGUCUUCUCCAGGGGAAGCAAGGGAGAGUCAAGCAGUAGAAGGUGAAAGGUUGGGUAAACGAGUGCGCAGAAAGAGGAAGAUCUACAUGGAUUCUGGUGAUGAGGAGGAAGACAACCAAGAGGAAGAAGAGGAAAAGGCCAAGGCCUCAAAAGGCAGGCGAGCUGCCAAAAUCGCCAGGCUGGUGACUGCCCCGCCCACUAAGAAGCGGACAUGGAGCUGGCCUGCAUACCUGGAGGAGGAGAGAGCUAUAGCAGCCCCUGUUAAAUUGUUUAAAGAGCAUCAGUCGUUUCCUCAGAGCAGGAACGGCUUUAAGGUUGGAAUGAAGCUGGAGGGACUCGACCCCUGUCACCCGUCUCUGUUUUGUGUUCUCACCGUCGCAGAGAUCCAAGGGUAUAGGGUAAGGCUUCACUUUGAUGGCUACCCAGAAUGCUACGACUUCUGGGUCAACGCUGACACAUGGGAUGUGAAGCCAGCUGGCUGGUGUGAGAAGAUGGGACACAAGCUGCUGCUGCCCAAAGGUUGUAAGGAGGGGGAGUUUAACUGGAGCAUGUAUGUGAAGAACUGCAGGGGUCAGCUGGCCCCCAAACACCUCUUCAAGAGCCUCAACACAUCUGUGACUCCAUCUGGAUUCCGCGCGGGGAUGAAACUGGAGGCGGUUGACAGGAAGAACCCAUCCUUGAUCUGUGUAGCAACCAUUGCUGCUGUCGUCGACAACCGAUUGCUCAUCCAUUUUGACAACUGGGAUGACACAUACGAUUACUGGUGUGAUGCUAGCAGUCCAUACAUCCAUCCUGUGGGGUUUUGUGAAGAUAAUGAACUAACCCUCACCACUCCAGCUGAAUAUAAGCACCCCAAGAGCUUCGCAUGGGAAAAAUACCUUGAGGAGACUGGGACACAAGCUGCUCCUGCCCGAGCCUUCAAACCGCGGCCUCCGCAUGGCUUCCACGUUGGGAUGAAGCUGGAGGCGGUCGAUAAGAGGAACCCUAUGCUGAUCCGUGUUGCAACUAUAGCCGACACAGAGGACCACCGGCUGAAGAUCCAUUUUGAUGGCUGGAGUAAAGAGUAUGACUACUGGGUGGACACCGACUGCCCUGACCUGCACCCAGUGGGGUGGUGUCAAAAAACCGGACACCCACUACAGCACCCUAAUGGCUCCACUGAUUUAGCGAGUGCCCCAGGACAAGGUUGUCCUACCCCAGGUUGCAAUGGGGUUGGCCACAUCAGAGGACCUCGCUAUGGGACCCACUACACUCAGGUGAGCUGUCCAUACUCAGAGAUGAACCUGAACAAGGAGGGCUUACUACCAGACCGUCUCAGUGGAGAGCGACCUCUGACCCUCAGCGGACCUCAUCCCCGUGGAAGACGUCCCGAUCCUCAUGCCAUCACCCCGACACAGACCCCGACCACGCCAGAGCAACCGGAAGGAGUCGACAACUCCCAAAACAACAGGAAACCUGUGACGGUGGAAGCAGAGCGCUCUGGGCGUAGCAGCCAGCCUGAGCCACAGGGAGGAGCUACUGAGCAAAGCCACAAUGGAGCCAGACCUAAAAGGACUGCUCCUGUUCCCAAGUACCUGAAGAUGCACUAUGUCAAAGAGGAGAUAGGCGAUAGUAAAGCCUCUCCAGACUCCAUUUCGCUGCAACAAGCUCUCCAUGAGUCUGUGUUUUCGCCUGGCAUCUCCUCCUCUCCCCCCCACCGGGUGGCUCUCUGCUGGGACAAACACUGCCAGCUGCUGCCUGAGGUCCUGGGGCUGACAGCCAAGAGAGUAGCCACUUGGAGCGCUGAAGAGGUGGCCACUUUCGUCAAAGGACUCCCAGGUUGUAAGGAGCAUGCUGCUACAUUUAGAACAGAGCAAAUAGAUGGCGAGGCCUUCCUGCUUCUCACCCAAGCAGACAUCGUUAAGAUCCUGUCAAUCAAGCUGGGCCCGGCUCUGAAGAUCUACAACUCCAUCCUGAUGCUGAAGAACGCUGAUGAGGAAUAAAGCUUGCCUCCAUGUGGAAUCACUUCCUCCUAACGAGUCCCUCAAUUCCCGCGUCAUUAGCGCUCAUUUGAGACAUUUGAAACCGCCCAGAAUAGAUUUCAACUGUUGAGGUCUGCUUCAGCACAGAAACGAGAAACAAGUGGAAGCCAUCAGCUGGAGGGAUCCCAUCUCUCCCCAAAUCUCUCUCCAUCAUGGACAGUACAAGUCAACGUGAAGGAGAGUUUUACCUUAUGCCGUAUGGAUUCCUUUAUUUAUAUCUUGUUUGUUUUCUGAAUGAUAAAGAAAGUACCUGCAGGCACCUUUUUUAAGGCUUCUUAACAAUGUACAGUUUGUGAAUUGGAUCUAGUGUCUCUAUUCUGUUGCAGUUCCCUUUUUAUUUUGACCCGUCAUGAAAAGGUGCUUAAGUCCAGAGCAGAUGGAACAAGUGUGUGAUCUGUCGCUUUUACUUGAAACAAAUGAUUUUUUUUAAAUAACUGCAAAAAACAAUCGUGAGGUGAGACUUUUUAAUGUGAAACCCGUCAGAGCCGAAGAACUAUGUAGUUCAGAGUUUCUCCUCUGGAUGGAGAAAACGGGCUGCUCCACAUGUCCGAGGUGAAGAGUUCUGCUAGGUUGGAGUUGGCUAAACUUAGACUGAGGGAGGAGGCUAAAGACUGUGUGUGUGUUUGUGUGUGUGCGUGCUACGUGUGCGUGUGUGUGUAUGUGCACAUGUGCCUGUGAGUGUGUUUGAGAAAUGAGCAUGUACUUUCCCGCCAGCCACUGUAUGUUGCUUUUCAGAGGGUUGUUUUGUGACUGAACCAACAGGGCUAAGGGCUAAUUGUUUAAUCAAGGAGGCAAGGCAGUGUGGACAAUGAACCACCUCUGUUCUCCUCUGUGUGUUUGCUUUUGUGGGAACACUAAAUGAAUUUGAAUGUCUAAAAAAGAAAAAACAGCUUUUCAAUUGAUAUUGUUUCCUGUUUUGUUGAAAUGACCUGUAAAUAGUAUACAGCCACAACAGACAGCCCUGGCCUCCCUGUCAGAAUCAAUUCCUGCUUGCUUUUAUGCAAAGAAACAACAAUCCCUCUACAGGAAAGGAAGAACUCUUAGAUACCACCAUUAAGCGCAGGACCUCUGUUCAUAAACAUUUUGGAGAAAUAUUCAAAAGACAUUGUCAGUGUAAUAAAUCAGCCUGUAAUUUAGCAAGCUGGAAUGUGUACAUCAGCAUCUGUUUAUAUUCCAACGGCUUUUAUUUAUGUAUUUUAAUUUAAGGGGUAAUGUUAUGCAAUUUUGGCUCUGAGGUAACUGUGGCUCUGGAUGGAAUGUGUGAAUGGAUGAAAUAAAUGAGAUGCACAGUG